AUGUCGUUGGUUCGGUUGGCCCAUGUAUGUUCUCAUUUACAGAACUGCUCUCAAGUUAGACUAGGUCUAACGUCUAUUCCAUAUUCUAAACUACAUUUGCAUUUUGCGUAUAAUCUAUACAAACAUGGAUUCCUAUCCAGUUUGCAAAGAGGUUCUACAAAAGGCCCUGAUGAAGUGUUCACAGAGGUAACUCCAGAUAAUAUUGCCACCAGAAGGUUAUGGCUGGGAUUAAAGUAUAGAGAAAACAGAAGUGUGCUUACAUCAUGUAGGUUGAUUUCCACACCUAGUUCCAAACUAAGGCUCUCUCACCAGGAGUUGAAGAGUCUGUGUUCAGGUAGGGUUACAAGGAUGAUCAAGCCGCUACAACCCGGUGAGCUAAUAUUAGUGAAAACUGGUGAUGAGGUUAUGGAUAUCCAUGAAGCCGUUAAGAAAGAGAAAGGUGGCAUGGUUCUCUGUAGAGUUAGAUGA